AUGGUGUUCAAAUCCAGAUGGUCUGUGGAGAUACCCAACGCAUCACUACCUACCGUAAUUUUUGGAUCACCGACAGCGACAUUAUCAACGACCAAAUGCAGCUUUAUUGAUGCGGCCCGCCCCGACACCCACUAUUUCACGCCCCAUGACUACCGUCUUUGGUGCCAGCGGUUCGCCGUUGGAUUGAGAAACUCGGGGAUAAAAACAGGCGAUCGUGUCCUUCUAUUCUCUCCGAAUGACUUGUUCUUUCCUGUGGUUUUCAUGGGGACUGUGAUGGCUGGUGGCAUCUUCACUGGUGCAAAUCCCACAUACACCCCGAGAGAGCUGGCAUACCAGUUAAAGGACAGUGGAGCAAAGUAUCUCCUGUGCGCCGAGGGGAGUCUGGAUACUGGUAUUGCAGCUGCAAAGUCCAUCGGUAUGAGCCUGGAUAGGGUAUUCAUAUUUGAUAGUGCAGUGUUUGAUGGUACGGGGAGUGGUGCCCGGGGUUGCCGUUACUGGGGAGACCUCAUCGCAUCCCCUGCUGAGGGCAGCCGGUUCUUCUGGGAGUCGUUAUCAGCUCCCGGUGAAUCCAAUCAAACCUUGGCCUUGAACUAUUCAAGCGGCACAACUGGCCUCCCCAAGGGGGUAGAGAUCACUCAUAGAAACUAUGUGGCCAACCUCCUUCAAUUCGACCAUACCGGCUCUCUCCACCACGACUAUACAAAUAAGACUGCUAGGUCCAGAUGGCUUUGCUUCUUACCGUUGUAUCAUGCCAUGGCACAAAACUUUUUCAUAGCGUCCGCACUCCGGCGAGGUAUCCCGGUAUAUAUCAUGGCUCGGUUUGAUUUCGUUCAAAUGUUGGAAAAUAUCCAGAAAUUCCGUAUCAAUGAGAUACUCACUGUUCCGCCCAUCAUGAUUGCGCUAGCAAAACAUCCCCUGGUGAAGAAAUACGAUCUCAGUAGCUUGGAGUCAAUUGGAUCCGGAGCUGCUCCAUUAGGAAGAGAAAUCAGUGAGGAAGUUGAGUCCAUGUUUCCUCCUGGGAAACUCAAUGUCAGGCAGGGCUGGGUGGGAGAGCUAAAUGCCAAUUGCGAGUGUAAGAUAAUGGACGAGGACGGUGAAACAGAGCUCGGCGAGAACCAAAGAGGCGAAAUCUGGGUCAGAGCCCCCAACGUCAUGAAGGGCUACUGGAACAAGCCAGAAGCAACCAGGGAAACUUUAACGGAAGACGGAUGGCUCAAAACUGGGGAUAUCGGUUACGUGACAGAGCGGGGGAAAUUUUUCAUUGUUGACCGGAAGAAGGUAACGAGGCAUCACCAAUUGUACUCUUCUCCACAGACUCCGCUAACUCCAGGUUUGUUUUUCUCAAAUCCGCAGGAGCUUAUCAAGGUGAAGGGAAACCAGGUUGCCCCUGCAGAGUUAGAAGGGGUACUUCUCGAGCAUCCAUCAGUCGCAGACGCAGCUGUCAUUGGCAUAACCAGGGACGGUGAGGAGUAUCCGCGGGCAUAUAUAACCCUGAAAUCCGGCGCGAAGGCAACUGCAAAAGAAAUCAUCGACUACAUGAAGCAAAACGUUGCUCCCACGAAGCGAAUCACUGGCGGAGUGGUGUUUGUCAAGGAUAUCCCUAAGAAUCCAUCAGGAAAGAUCCUUAGAAAAGUUCUAAGAGAGAGAGCUGCUCAGGAGCUUCAAGACGAACCACUCCAGGUAUCUGCCAAACUCUAG